AUGGCCAAGUACCUGGGGCGCUACUCUUUGCGCUCUAUCCAGGAACGUGACCUUUCACGCCUGACUACACUGCUGGAGCAACUUUCCGUGGUGGGAGAAGUUCCGCGCGAAAAGCUCGUGAGCUUCUACAAGAGUGUCAGCACAAAUCCAUCUCACGACGUAACUGUUGUUGUGGAUGAAACUGACACCGUUUGUGCAUGCGCGACACUUAUUAUCGAGCCAAAGCUGCUCCACGCAGGGCGGUCUGUUGGUCAUAUCGAGGACGUUGUCGUAGAUCUUACUCUUCGGAACCAAGGAAUAGGGCGCUUUUUGAUUACUUCACUGAUAGAGCGGGCAAGGAACAACGACUGUUACAAGGUUAUUCUGGAUACUGACCCGGACACGGCAGAGUUCUAUAAAAAGUGCGGCAUGAAGCAGAAGGGCCUCAUGAUGGCUAUUUAUUUCUAG